AUGCCGUCGACACUCCCGAGCAACGCAGCAGCAAUAGAUGGCAUCACUUCCAAAACCGAGUUCGAGUUUUAUAUCAAGACCUUUAAAGUUUGUAUCAAGACCUUCAAUUAUAUAUGCAACUCAGCAUCCUCUGGCACGCAAUGGAAACUCAUCACUCCAGCCGCACCCCAUCAUGGAGGUCUUUGGGAGGCAGCUGUGCGUUCAGCAAAAAAACAACUCUGUCGCACAAUUGGUCGCCAAACAUUACGCUUCAAUCAACUGAGUACACUACUUGUUAGGAUUGAGGCUUGUUUGAAUUCCAGGCCACUCGUUUCUCUUCACGGUGAUCCCAAUGGUAGUUACGCACUCCCACCUGGCGACUUCCUCAUUGGUCGACCGCUCAAUUCGAGACCAGAACCACCUAUUUUUGAUAUUCCACAAAAUCGCCUUUUAUAUUCUCAACAAUUACAGAAAAUGUUCGAGCAUUUUUGGAAGCGGUGGAACCGUGAAUAUUUAUCCAGCAUAYAUUYGCGUCACAAGUGGGAAGGUCGACGUGAGAAUCUCCAGCCAGGAGAUGUAGUACUAAUUCAAAACGAGAAUCUACCCCCCACGCAUUGGCGCAAUAGUCGCAUCACUGAAGUUCACCCUGGCAGCGGCGGAUUGGUAAGAGUAGUUACUGUUGAAUAUAACAGUGAGAAACGUACCCCUGAAGGACUUYUUGUUAAACACCACUGUCAACGUCCAGUGCAAAAGUCUGUCUUGCCGUCUUAUUGA